AUGGCAUUAAAGGCUCGAGUGCUGUACGACUUCAGCUCUGAAAACCCAGGGGAGAUCUCCAUAACAGAGAACGAGCUGGUGACUCUGUUCACAGAGGAGGAGCUGGAGGGCUGGCUGGAGGGGGAGAACAGUAGGGGGGAGAUCGGACUCUUCCCUGCUUCAUAUGUGGAGAUCAUUAAGGACCACAUUACCUCCAACACUAACAACAACGGUCUCUCCUCUCCCAAAUCCAAAGCCGUGACUCCAACCCACACCUCCUACACUGCUGACACCCAGCCCCAGAGAGGAUUUGGGGCUGGGAGCGGUGGCAGUGGGGGUGGCAGCUUUCAUACUAGUCAUGGCAGUGAUGAUGACUGGGAUGAUGACUGGGAUGACAGCUCACCUGCAGAUGCCCCCCAAGGUUUUGGCACCACGCCCCCCUUGUACCCGGUGACCUCCUCCUUGCCAGGGCGGCUGCAAAGCACCCAGCAGCAUCAGCACCACCACGCCAAGAGCUCAGGUACAGUGGGGAGGAACCUCAACAGGUUCUCUACCUUCGUCAAGUCUGGUGGGGAGGCUUUCCUGUUGGGGGAGGCUUCUGCUUUUGUGAAGGACGGGGACAGGAUCUGUGUGGUGAUGGGGAAGCAUGGGCCGGAGUGGCAGGAGGAUCCAUAUCCUUUUACCUGCACCAUCGACGACCCCACCAAGCAGACCAAGUUUAAAGGCAUGAAGAGUUACAUGUCCUAUGGCCUGACUCCAACACACACCAAUAUACAAGUCAACCGCAGGUACAGUUUCUCCACCAUUUUUUAUCCCCUCUUCUUCUUCUUCUUCCCUCUGCUGGUUUCCAAACUGGGCCUGUUUCCUCACCGUUUCCCCCAGACCCCACACACUUCAAAUAAAUAUUUCAGCGGUUUUUCCUGUGGCCACAAUUGUUCCCACAUAACGGCAAAACCAGAGCUGACUGUGACCUCUUCCCCUCGGGAGCCCUUAGGAAUCUUCUUUCUUCUUUGAAAGACCCUCUGAACCUCUUACAUGGUGCUCUUGUUGGUGUAUCAAACAUUUCAAACCAAGUCUUACUCACUUCAGUUUUGUCUUGCUCUGCGUGGCUUUUUCAAGAAGUGCUCUAUCAUUUUCAUUCUCAUUUCUGUCUUCUUUCCUCCCACAUAGCAACCCCCUUUCCUUUUUCCUUUCAUCCACUUAAAAAGUGUCAAUAAAUACUUUGCACUAAUCUCCCUCUGUCUUUUCUGCAGAUAUAAACACUUUGACUGGCUGUACGCUCGCCUUGUGGAGCGUUUCCCAGUCAUCUCAGUGCCCCAUCUUCCAGAGAAGCAGGCCACUGGACGUUUUGAAGAGGACUUCAUCUCAAAAAGGAGAAAAGGACUGAUCUGGUGGAUGAACCACAUGACCAGCCACCCUGUGCUGGCUCACUGUGACGUUUUCCAGCAUUUCCUGACAUGUGGUGCUGAUGAGAAGGCCUGGAAGCAAGGCAAGAGGAAGGCGGAGAGGGAUGAGCUGGUCGGGGCAAAUUUCUUCCUCACGAUCAGGUAGGAAAAUGCAUUGUGGUGCUGCAGGAGAUUGGGGUGGGAUUUCAGCAGUGUGUACAGCUGUUUUUGUUUUGUACGGGUUCUUGCACAGUAACAGCUGUAGAUGCUUGAAAGAUCUUUGAAACAUCCAUAGAUGUCUGAUGUUUCAGAGGGGUCCAAUGUGCAUCUGAUCAUCUCUAAUGCAUAUUUUACCCCCUGACACAGGCGCUUAGUACUUUCAUCAACUUAAAGCUCCAGUGAGGAACUUUCAGUUUGUGUCAGGUUUGUCACCCCAUAGAUAAUGCUGUCUUAUCUUGUCCUUUAUGCUUAAGUAGUGUCUUCUGACGAGAAACAUCAUCAUUUUGACUCUUUUGAAAGUCAAGUUUAUAAGAAAUUGUGAGUAUUUUAUGUGGAAAUGUAAAAACUGGGCUGUAUCUCCAGCUGCUUGGCUGAUACCUACCCUCUGACUCUGGUUUUAGGCAUUGAAAAUUACAAUAUUUAAUCCACAAAUCUUAUAUCUGAUGUUCUUGUUUGCUUUUGAUAUAACACAAAAAGCAUCAGGGUGAAAUUCAGUCUAUUUCAGACACAUCAGAAAACUCCUGACAGGAGCUUUAAGUAUAUACUGAGAGCAAAUUGCUGAAAUUCAGUGAUUGUUUAAUUAAAUUGAUGUAAAAGGAAAAAUAUUUGUCUCAGUCAAAUAUUUACAUAAGGGACUUUUGGAUUUCUGUCCAGCAAUUGAAAACUGCUGAGAAAGAAAAAUGUAAGUUGAUUUUUGGGGGGUUAGUAUAAAAAAAAGACAGCCAUGUACAGAAUCUCUACUUGAUAUUGUGAAAUCAAAUAUAAAUGGUUUUCUCAGACAGUAAUAUGUUUUAGAUGAUUUUAUGACUUAAUGGAAAGGUAUAGAUAUUGCUAAACAUGGCAGAUGAUGUUGUCCAUACUAAAUAUUACAAGAUAUUGUUCACACACCAGUCAAUAACUCCUUUGUAUUUGAUAUAAUGUAAAAGAGUGAUUGGACAUUUGCAAAAGAUGAUGGUGUGAGAACUGAUGCUGAUUAUGUCAAAAUGCUAAUAAUCUGUCAAUUAAUUGGUCAGCUGAUUUAACGGUCUAUCUCUAGAACCAAAACAAAACAAAACAAAAAUAAAACCACUGACCUAAAGUGAAAAGUGAAUCAAAACCUGAUCAACAUAGUUGUCUUAGCCAGGAUUAUGUUUGAUGUUGGGUUAUGCUACAGAUUGCUGGGUCUCAUCUGGCUGAUAUUGCUGUCAAUGCCAAAUAUUGUAACAUAAUACAGUAUUAAAUCCCGAGACAGUGACUAUUUUGGAUUUGACAUGCUAUUGAUGUUGAAUGAAAAACAUGUGUUAUCAGUUAGGUAUCAAAUUAUUUCAAAAUGCCAAUAAUCAGCCAUCAGAUUGAUUGAUCCCCAUACAACACAAAACAGUGGAAAAAGUUUAGGACUCGUACAGGAUGCAAAUUGUCACAAGAUAAGGGCUUUAACUUUCAGGGUCACCAUUCACCUGCAGCAGUCAAGAGAAAUGCAAUGACGACUGUUGUGAUUUGGUGCAAUAUAAAUAAAAAUCGAUUGAUUGAAUUCAUUGAUUGAUUGAUUAAAAUGAUACAAUCGGUAAUAGAAGAUACGUGUAAACCAAACUUAAAACCAAUCAGAGCAGAGAUUAAACAGAGUGCAUCAUAGUUUUUAGCUGUAAUUGUUGACGCUCAAGCUCUGACAUGUUGAGUGAAAGGCAGUACGCCAAAACCACAAAUAGCAGCAUUUGUUACAAACAAAAUGUCAUGAAGGGAGUAGCAGGAGCACUCUUAUUCAGAUGUCCUCUGUGUUUUAGAUGAGUAUAUGUUUUGUUUACAGCAUGUCAAAGAGGUGUUAAUCAAACCUGUGGUGUUGGUCUCGACAUAGUAUUUAACAUCUGUUGUUUUGUCCUCCCACUUACAGCGAUAUAAAGUGGCAGGGGAAAAUAUUUGCCCUUUAGCACAACACUGUUAUCAGUUUCCCUCCUCUUGUUUUGUAACUGAAAUCUUUCAUCAUAGGGAGUGUCUGAUAGUGAAGAUGAGAUACGGUGGAAUAAGUUGCUCUAACAUGUUUGUUGAAUAAAGUUUAUGUAACGCUGUAAUAAAAGCUGAACUAUCAGAAUGAAGCCAGGAGAUCUCUAAGAAAAUCUUUUUUUUUUUCUUAUUAUUUUAGUCCUCCAUCUGUCGUGCUUGACCCCCAGGAAGUUGAGAGCAAAAUCGAAGGCUUCAAGACCUUCACCAAGGCCAUGGACGAGAACAGCGUUGCUGUGAAUGCAACCAUCAACGAGUUUGCUCGCAAACAAGCAUCGGGGUUCAAGAAAGAGUACCAGAAGGUUGGACAGUCCUUCAAAAUUCUGGCGCAGGCAUUCGAGCAAGACCAGCAGGCGUACUCAGCAGGCCUGAACAAAGCCAUUGCGUACACUGGCGACGCCUACGAAGCCAUCGGGGAGUAUUUCGCUGAGCAGCCUCGCCAGGAUCUGGAUCCUAUUUCUGACCUGCUGGACAUCUACAGAGGACACCUGGCCAAUUUUCCUGACAUCAUCCAUGUACAGAAAGGUGGGAGAGGAUGUGUGUGUUUGAGAGAGUGUGUCCCUAAAUUCAUUCUGCACCCACGUUUACAUUCAAUCUUUCAAAAGGGUGAAAAUGCAGCAGAAAGGGUCGUGUUACGAAAAGAGAUUUAUGGGUUACAGAGGUAUGUUGAGCUGAAGUUAGAGGUUUCAGUGUCACACAAGUUUAAGAGCUCUACAAUGAGCUGUUAUAAUGUUACAAGUCAGCUGGAGGCAGUGAGUGUGCAUCAGUUUUCAAAACAACACAUAAACUCACGAUUACACCGUUUGCUACUUAAUCAUUUCUCCCCCCAGUUCCUCUCAUGUUGCAGCAGCUGCAACCAACUGGAGAUGAAUAUUGCUGACCACUUGCUUCUCUAGUUAUACUAACUUUAGUAAUGACCGCACGAUAGCAAUACACAGCUGUCUGAGGAGCCAUAAACAAACUUCAACCAAAACGCCACUCUAUAGCCACAAAUAAUGCUCAGAACAGCACCUAACUUCAUCAACAGUACAUAUAGGGUCCCAGCCAUAGUACUAGCCAUCAAAUAUCUUCUUAACUUUGCCUAAUUUCUUUAGCAAAGAGACUAAACACAACUCACCUACUCUCUUCCAGCAGCCUUUUGUUUGUAGCGAGACCUCAGGCCAGUCCACUGUGGACUGCUGUGGGGUGACGCAGCUCAAGGAAGAACAUUUAUGAUCAUUAAUUCAUCAUUUCCUUGAAGUAAUUAUCACCAUGUUUAUCAUUUUGCACUGCAGACGCGGUAGUUCUUCUACCUUAGCGUCUCGGUCUGAUUGUAUUUCCAGUAACGAUUAUUACUUCAAGGAAAUGAUAAAGUAAUGAUCAUAAAUGUUCUUCCUUGAGCUGUGUCACCCCACUGCAGUCUGCAAUAGACUGGUCUGAGGUCUCGCUACAAACAAGCGGCUGCUGGAAGAGAGUAGGUGAGUUGUGUUUAGUCUCUUUGCUAAAGAAAUUAGGCAAAGUUAAACAGAUGUUUGGUGAAUAGUACUAUGGCUGGAACCCUAUAUGUACUGUUAACCAAGUUAGGUGCUGUUUUGAGCAUUAUUUGUGGCUAUAGAGUGGCGUUUUGGUUGAGGUUUGUUUAUGGCUCCUCAGACAGCAGUGUAUCGCUAUCGUGCGGUCGUUACUAAAGUUGUUAUAAGUAGACACAAGCAUCUCUCGAGGGGGUGUCUAACUCAGUGUUACGGUGUGUUUGACCCUAACUUAAUUUUACGCCGGAAUAUCCCUUUAAUCACAACAUCUUGUGCCUUUUAUGUAAACGUGAAAAAAAAAGCCUUCAGGGAAAAACUAAUAAGGUUUGGGGUUAGCUAUAAGACCAGGUGUAACACAUUUACCAGCUCACUGUACGUCAUUUGAGCACAUCCUGGAAAAAUUACAUAAAUCUGUGAUUCAUUGACAGAAGUAUGUGAGAAAAUUAGAGGUUCUCAAAAAGAAAAAAAAGAGAAGCAUUAAAAUCUCCAACAUGCUCACAAGAAAGUAAACCAAUGCAUUAGCUAUCAUUCUUCUCUUUACAGAUGAGUCAAAGUCGGAUAGCUUUAUGGAGAGCCGGUAGGGGAUAGAGGAUUGAAAAUCUUACUCAUGGAUGCUUCUGCAGGGUGGGGGGGUUGAAUCCAGUGAAGAGUCAUACCUACAAGCCUCUUGCUCGCAUUUUCCAUGCUGCAGGCUGUAUUACUUCUCUUGAAAAAACAAAAAAAAGUUAUUUAUUUUCACUCGCAAUUAAAAUAAUAAAUAAUCUUCCCAAAAGCAGGUCAGCUCACAGCUUCCAAGCUCAUCAUUCGUGUCAGUAUAAAGGCAGACAAUGCACAAAGAUCCAGAUUCGGACUCUUUGGACAUCUGUUUUCAUUUACUGAACUGCAGUGUCAAUCUGGGUUGAAAACUGAAACCCAUGGCCUGUCCAUUGUAUCACUGGAGGAACUGUUAGAGCCUGUGCUCACUCACUGGAAAACACAAACACAGAAUCACACACACACAAGCACACUCACACAUGCAUGUACAAAGGGCUUGCUGAGGAGUUAGCUUGUUAGUUCCCUGCAGGUUGGCUGGAGGGAGUUGCUGCUGGCAUGCAAAGUCCUGACGUCUGCCAAACUAAGAGGCACUGUUUCUAUAGUUUGCUAAGCUCUGUUCUCUGGAUACAAUCACAGCUUGGACAAUGGAAACACCGUCUGAAUCUCAAUGGUCUGCAUGAUUGACUAGAUUUCACCUACUUUUAACUGACAAGUAACUCUUGUUUUUCUAUCCCUGAGAGAGCCUCUGAUUUUUAAAACCUCAGCACAUUUUUCUCUCUUCUGCUGCGCUGAAAGAUAGUGUUCCUAAUAUUGACACUGUGGAGUUGAUUUUUGUGUGGCUGUGUGGAGCAUGACCUCAUGCAACAUAAUGACUCAACCGCAAAGGAUGCAUGAUGACAUCCUUACCGGUAUCCAACCAACUUAUAAUCACUAAACAAUUUCCCUUAAUCUCCAAAUUCAGCAUUUUCUCAUGACGGUCUGACGUUAUACUCAGAGUGAGAAUCUCAAAUGAAAUGCUUUGGUGCUGUGUUUUAAAGUUGCACAAGUCGUAAAAGAAGAAGGAAUCAGUAUCAUCUUCCCAUCACCUCACUGAUAUGUAGAACCAUCAUAUCUGAUAACUGAGAUAAGCAACUAUUGGAUUGCUUGUAUUGUUAGCAUUCAGCCACUUCCCUAGCUACAGUAAUGUUAGCAGAGAGUGGCUAAAUGUAUUAUCUUCUAAUGGUGUUGUGAGAUCAGUGAGAAGGGUAUUAAUUUCAAGCCAACAGUAAUGUUAGCAAGGAAACAGCUAUAUGCUAGCAUUAGCUUCUGUCUGAUGACUGCUAAUGACAUAUUUUUGUACUUACGCUUUACUCAGAAAUUAGCUUUAUAUCCUUUUACAAACCCCAGUUUCAAUGAAGUUUGGUCGUUGGGUAAAACGUGAAUAAAAACAGAAUACAUUGAUUUGAAAAUCCAUUUCCACCCAUAUCUAAAUGAAUUCACUACAAAGACAAGAUAUUUAAUUUUCAGACUGAUAAACUUGAUUGAUAUUCGCUCAUUUUGAAUUUGAUGCUGCAACAUGUUAAAAAAAGCGGCAACAAAAUACUGGGGAAAUUGAGGACUGCUUCAGAAACGCCCGUUUGGAUAAUUCGACAGGUGAACAGGUUCAUUGGAAACAGGUGAGGGUUAUGAUUGGGUACAAAAGGAGCAUCCCUGUAAGGCUCAGUCCUAUACAAGCAAGGAUGGGGCGAGGUUCACCACUUUGUCAACAACUGUGUGAACAAAUAGUCUAACAGUCUAAGAACAACGUUUCUCAAUGAUGUUGUCAAUUAACAGAGUUCAUCUCUACGUCUACAAGUUCAAACUCUACCAUGCCAAGACAAAGACAGAUAUCAACAACAACCAGAAACAACACUGGUUUCUCUGGACCUGAGCUCACCUGAGAUGGACUGACACAAAGUGGAAAAGUCUGCUGUGGUCUGAUGAGUCCACAUUUCAGAUAGUUCUUUCAAAUAAUCGUUGACGUGAUGUCCUCGGGGCUAAAGAGGAAAAGGACCAUCCAGACUGUCCUCAGGUGAGAGUUCAAAGCCAGCAUCUGUGAUGAUCUGGGAGCGCGUUAGUGUCUAUGACUAACUGUCACAUCUAUGAAGGCUCCAUUGAUACAGAAAAAUACAUACAGGUUAGACAGGGCUGUCAUGUCCCUGCUUAUUUCAGUAAGACAACAACGACACACAUUCAAUAUGUGUUACAACAGCAUGGGCUUCAGAGCAAAAGAGUCCAGGUACUAGACUGUCUGCAGUCCAGACCCGUCUCCCAUUGAAGAUAUGAGGCGUAUUAUGACAUGCAAAAUACCGCAACAGAGACCGUGGACUGUUGAGAAACUGAAGUCUUGCAUCAAGCAGGAAUGGUAAAGAAUUCACCUCCAAAGCUUCAGCAGUUAGUGUCCUCUGUUCACAAAUGUUAAAAGAUGAUAUAACACAGCGGUAAAUAUGAGUGUGUACCAGCUUUUUAGGAACUUGUUGCAGCAUCAAAUUUAAAAUGAGUGAAUAUUUGCAACAACAACAACAAAAAAACAAUCAAUUUGAAAAUUAAAUAUAUUAACUUCGUAGUGUAUUCGAUUGGAUAAAAGAGAUUCAAAAUCACUGUAUUCUGUUUUUACCUACGUUUUACACAACAUCUCAACUUCAUUGAAAUUAGAAUUUCACCCUCCAUUGUCUUUUCAGAUGUCGAAAGAAAAUUAUAGAUGAACCUUAAUUGUAACAUACCAUAUUUUUAAACAGCUAAUGUCCUUAAACACAGCCUUAUAGAACCAUAUGUGUGUCCCACAGCGUGCUUUUUACUUCUUAAAACCAAAAAUAGGAAUCCUGUACGAGCUUAAAGUUGGAUUUGUUGUAAAAGGGGAACUUUUUUUUUCCUUUUUGAUCUUCAGAGUAACAGACUGUCAUUGGCUAUUCUUUCUCCACGAUUUUUUUAUGUUUACUCGAAUUCAUACCCCACUGCUUUCUUUUAGGUUGCAAACAAAGCGAAAAACAAGUUUCACUAUACAAAGGAAGUCACAGACACAAAGUUACUUAAGUCAACCAGCAUGUGCUGACUCCUAUAAUCAUCCCCAGCUGACAGAUAGACACCCAGACUCUGAGUAAACUAUCACUGCCAUCAUAGGAAGCAGUGUUGUUGAAUCUGCUGAGUAACAUACAUGAACACAUCCCCACAAUGCAAAGUCUGCACAACUACCAGAGUUGUGAAAUAAUAACCUUAAACAGAAGGUUGCAGCUGAGUCAAAGUUUCCAUAAACUGUGAGUUUGCUGAGGGACCUUAAUUGAGUUCAGUUAUGGGCUGAGCUUUUCUUGAGGCUUUUUUUCCCAUUUUACUGUGGCAUUACACUCAAAAUUGAGCACACAAACAGUGACGUUACAUUUUCAAAGACAUCAGCGUCUGUUUCUGUUUCUCAAGGUCUGCAUUCCUCAAAUCUUCCUCAUGUAGCACCAAACAUUUCUCAAAUCACUGCCUAAUUACAAAAUAACUCCAACACUGCAGUCCAAAUUAGAGAGAAAAACAGCUGCUGGUGGACAGAUCUGUUGACCUACAUGUCCCCCGACUGUAUUUUCUGACUUGUGGGUUCUGUCAGUGAGGUCCAAAGGCUACAUCUGAUCUGAAUGUAGUAGAGAUUCCAGGGCCUCUUGUCCUGUGUUGCCCUGGGACUGUAGGAAUGCAAAAUCGAGCAGUCUCAGGAUUAGCCUCCCCCUCCUCCCCUUUUCUUCUCCCUCUUUUCCUUCCUCCUCCUGGUAAUACAGCGGUUAAAGAGAAGAAAGACGAAGAAGAGGGGAGGGCUGUGGAUGUUUGUGUGUAUGGGAGAGGGAAUGAAGAUAGUUAAGGAGCUGAAUAGGUUUCCCACCAGCCAGCAGCACAAGAGUUCAGAUUACGGCUUCAUAAUCGCCUUGGCAGCAAGGGGAACGAAGUCCAGUUUCAGCUCGUUAGCUUAGUUUUGCAGCAAAGUGUGUGUUUUUUAAGUGUGUGUAUAUGUAUUGUAUACGUGUGUGUUUGGACGAUAGCUUGUCAUUUCAAUGCUCUCUAGUGUCUUAUGACAAGUUCCUCUUAAUCAGGUUUUGUGGGUCAAGUCAGUUCAGAUGGUACUUCCCCCAAAAGUCUUAGUCACAGCAAACUAGAGACUCUGAGUCACCACUGGGCAUUGAGUAACUUUAUGAACGCCUGGGAAAAGGAUGUAAUAACCAGCCAGGAUUCGCUGGCCUUUCUACCCCCCCCCCCCCCCGCAGUGAUAUUUAAAUUAGCGUAACAAAUGGUUAAAUGAAUAACAUGUUGCUGUCUUGUACUGUAGGAUUUAUGAGUUUAGAUCUUUUGUAACAGUCAGUGUCAGCCUUUCAUAUCAUUUGUGUCAUAAAUUUUAUAACUUUAAGUUAAACAAUCAUUUGCUUGCAUUAAUCAAAGUCCCAAGUCCAAGUAGUUCUGUUAACUCUGAGGUCAUGGAAACCUAUAUAUUUUCUUACCUACAGUUAAAGCUGCUGCUGUGUUGUUAGUUAAGCUGAUUAGUCAUACCUGCCGUUUCAUCCUCUUCACUUGUUUUGUUUGCUCUUAAUUAUUCCAGAUGCUUUAUUAGUUUUCUUGUCAAAAGUUUAACAGUCAGAGGAACUUAAGAUAUGUUUAACUAGCCAAGUUGAACUUAUGGCUACUUUAGAUUAGCAUAAAGACUCAUGAGCUAGCUUCAUUCAAAGGUUACAAAAAUGUGAAAUACUUAAAUACAUGUAACUUUUAACCCCAUUAUUGACAAAAUCACAUCAGAUAUUUAAGAUAAGUCCCAAAAAAAUGUGUCUGUAAUCAAUCCUCGCACCCCAUCAGCCUCCCUACCUGCAACAUUAGGCUUUAAAAGAAUUCAGAGUCUCAAUUUAAAUCCGAUUUGUCUGACUUACAUUUAUCUCUUUCAUUAAUAAUGCAUAUAUCAGUGCUUCUGAUGUGAUAUGCAGCCUACCUGACUACAUACAGUGUCCUAAGCUCUGUCUGGCCCUGCCCAUAUCUGCUGAGGCAUCUGAGCGCCCUUUCUCAGCCUUGAUUGAAAAUCUGUCUGGCAACACCAUUACGCAGGAGAGACUUACACAUUUGGCCAUUAUGAGCACUCAUAGUGACUUCAUUGAUGAAUGUGAUGUUGCAACACUGCUUGAAAUAUUCAUCAGUAGGUUAAAUGAGACAAGGUCCACUUUUGGAGAAGUGUGACAGCCCUGAGUCGGAGGCACAAACUGUUCUUUUUUUUUUCAUUAAUGCUGUUAUAUUCCUUAAAUGGCUUGAUUUAUUUAUCAAAGUUCAAUUUUUUAACAAUAAAAUGUCUUGUUUAUCCAUUCUAGUUCUCUUAUGCUACUACAAAAUUACUUGAACUGAAAUCCUUAUUCAUCGACAAGUGCACUUCUUUCCUGCCCUUCCCAACAACCCCCAAAAUAGUUCCUACCUUCAUGUCUGUAAUGUAAGUCAAGGCCUUUUUGUGAGCUGAGUAAAGCGAACUGUCUCUUACAGAUUCUUGGAUUGAAACUCUUUAACUUUUUAGGAAGGGUUCAAUACGUGUUUAUGAAAGAAAGCUAUAAAGUGAGGGAGCUGAAAAUAAUAUAUCCCCACAUUUUACUGUCUCUGUUGUUGACUGACGCUGUUAAGAUGACUGAUUGCUGCGUUUUACUCGAUUUUGUAUUCUUACUCUUAACCUAACCUAACCUAUUCUUAACUUUUUUUAAAGUCCUCUCACUCUCUUUCCCUUUCUCCCUUACCCAUCUUUUCCAGGUGCACUUACAAAGGUGAAAGACUGUCCAAAGCAAGAAGGUGAGCUCCACAAUCGCUGCAACAUCAUCUCCUGCGCCACCCUGGCAGAGAUUCAGCACUUCCACCGCACACGUGUCCGGGACUUCCGCUCCCAAAUGCAGCACCACCUCCAACAGCAGAUCAGUUUCUUCCAGAAAAUCACUGCCAAGCUGGAGGAUGCACUUCAGAGGUACGAUGAUGACCAAUAG